AUGGAAAGCAAGCCAAACCUUCGUUUUGAGGCUGGAGAGCUGUUGCUGAGGCCAUCUAAGUGGAUGUUGGAGAAUGAUCUUGGUUACUCCCUCAUGGUCCUGUCUGGGCAUCAGCGGGAGCGCGAGACUGGCAGAUUGGACAGAGGUGCCCUCUUGGCUAACAAAGAUGCCUUUCUCAAGUAUGCCUGCACAUUCGAGAAGGUCGCAGAAGCCAUCAAAGUGUGCAGGCAGAGAGAGGGAACGUUACCUGGCUGUGAGGGUGACUGUCUGGUGAGCUUUGGGGUCCACAGGAAGAGCACCUUCAAGGAGCUCUAUGAGGCCAAGGACAGGGAGAGGAAAAGAUUUAAUUGUAUUGCUGUUUUGAACCAGGACACCAGUGCAGGCAGCAAGAUGGAUGCCCUGAAGAAAUACAUCUUGCAGAGGGACCAGAAGAAAAUUAGGGCUGAAGAGAGAAAAAAGUCAUGCUCCGCAUCUUUUGCAUCCCAGCCUGUCCCGCACCCUUCACAUCCAGCUUCUCCUCCUCCCACCCAAAUAGGGUUGGAGCCAACAGAUGAAGAUCUUCUGGCUUCAGCCAUUGAGGUGGAGCCACAGGUACUUCGACCACCACCACCACCUUCAAUGCCGAUCCGCUCACCUUGCUUGGAGCAAAGAGCUGCUCAAAGGCUGGUGUCAGCGGCUUCUGAGGUUGUUCUCCCUGAGGCCUGGAAGCACUCCUUUCCAAAGGAACAACACGAGUGGAUCGGCCGCUCCCUCUUCCGAAACCAGGGUGGAAGGGCAGUGCUGACGGAUAACCUGCAGAUGUGGUGGUACCCUCCCCAGCCACGUCUGCAGUAUCAUCAGCCUCCAGCAUCGCCGGACGUGUUCUUCACCUGGCCGCUGUGUUUGUGGAUGCCCUACAGGAUGUGGUCCUACAAGCUGAUCUGCAGCUCACCACACUGCAGACGGUCCGGUCAGAGACUGACUGCUUGUGGGCUCUACAAGACAGUGAGGCGGGUGCUGAACUUACACGGCUGGUAUUUUCUGGCAACGGAAUACCUGGAGUGUCAGCGCUGCCAUAAAAAGCUGGCCGCGUGGUCCUACGACAUCCUGGACCAGCUGGAUCCGGCUCACCGCAGGAUGUUCCCAGCUAUCCUCACUUACCGGGUCUCUUGUGAUAUGAUUGUGGCAAAGUUGAUGAAAGAGCGCUUUCUCGGCAACAGCGCUACAAUGCUAUAUCACAAACUAUGUGAACAGCAUAGUGAGGACUGGAUGGAGAGGACCCUGCAGUACCUGUCUGCGUGUGACCGGUUUCAGAGCACCACCAACACACGGCCCAUCACACCUCCGCCUCCCAUGCUGCCUGUACCAACUGCCAAGUGGCUCCUCUCAGUCCACGCGGAGGAUGUCCGGUCCCAGUAUAGUGAGCUAAAAGCCAGGAUCACCUCUGUCUUUGGGUCCAUCUUGAAGAUGGACUCCACAAAACAGGUGGCUAAAAAAAACUGGUGGGAGCUGCAGCUGAGUACCGCUGUGCUUGGGGGUCCACUUCCCUGGAGUCCUUCCAUAAUCACCUCAACCGCUUCAUACCCGGAUUAUCUGCUUGAGGGUUUGGAGCGGUGGAACGAGGACCGCGCUGCUGCUGCCGUCACACAUGAUGCUCCCUUGUCGCUGCGCUGCUACAGUGGCUCGCUCCAGCACAGCCUCAAUAAGCUCAGCCAGCGUCUUCUUGGCUGUAGUCUUGUGCAAGCCUACUCCAAGCCAGGACAGUACACAGACGAGCUCAUUGGGGUGGAGUACCCGUGCUCGCAGCAGUCCUGGGAGUUCAGGGAGAACUUUGGGCGGGACCCAGAUGUCCCAGACAGAAUCCCAGCAGACUUGGGAGAUGUAGAAGAUGAGGGAUUUGGGGAUGAGGCAGAGGAGCAGGACCACACCAUCUCCCCUCUUUCUUUAGUAUCAACCAAGGAAGCUUUUGGCUUGUCUCGGGUUUCACUGUCACCCUCUCAGUCUUCCCAGGACUUGCCACCUGAGCCCCAAGAAGAUGUGUGCAGAGGACCAGACAGGACUCCAGGAUUUGACAGAGUGGUGGACCUGGCCAGAUACCUUGUCGAGCUGAGGGAAAAGCCUUGCAUCUCGGACAGGGAAGCCGCUGACAUUGUUCGGCUGUGGGACAGACUGCCGGACAGUGACAGACAGGGUGUUUCCUAUCCACCGAGACACAAGGAGAGACUUUUGCAAGGCAGGUUCAAGACCACCCACUCCAAAACUUUAACCUGCCAUGGAAAAGAGAGCCUGAAGUGGUACAACAACUACAGGAAGAAGCUGGAAGCAGAUGUGCUGGCUCUUGAGUGUGGCCUUACCUCAGAUCAGCAUGGUGUCGCUUCCUGUAGCCAGGCAGAUGACGUCAAUGCCCUCUGCACCUGGGUCAGCACUUCAGCCUUUCCCCUAUGUUGA